UUAUACAAUAAAAAUGUCUAAAAAAAAAAAACGUGAAAGUGAAUUUCAAAGAGUUUCGAAAAAUAACAACCUUAAAAAUGUAAACAGUUCAGUUAAAUCUACAAUCAACAAAUUUGGUGGCGUAUCAAAAAUUAAAAACAAACAAAAUAUAAAGGAUUCAGUCUUAUUACAAUCCAAAAAAAAACAAAACAUCAAAGACAAUGUGAAAACUAAAUUCAAAUUAAAAAAUCAAUCGAAAAUUAAAAACAUUCACAAACUAAAAUAUGAUAAUCACAAGAAUUUUAACGCAAAUGCCAAUGUAGGUAAACCCAACAACCAGUUGAAAAAGUUAAAUAUACGUAAGAUCAAUGCUCUAUUAAAUACCAAGCAAGUAGAAGAUGAGAAGAAGCAACAAAAGAAGUCUGUAACAACUCUCUCAUUAAAAGAACGAAUGUUGGCUCAACUAAGAUCUUCUCGAUUUAGAUUUUUGAAUGAGCAGAUGUACAGUACAGAGAGUUCAGCCAGUCAAAAAUAUUUUCAAGAAGAUCCUAAUGCUUUUUAUGCAUACCAUGAAGGAUACAAACAACAAGUGAAAAAAUGGCCUGUAAAUCCUAUAGAUAUUAUAAUUGAAUCUGUUAUAAAGAUGCCAAAAGACCAUGUAAUAGCAGAUUUUGGUUGUGGCGAGGCAAAACUUGCAGAUUCUGUUCCUCAGACUGUUCAUUCAUUUGAUUUAGUAGCUAUUAAUGAGAAAGUUAAGGCUUGUGAUAUGGCUCACACACCACUUUUAACUGGACGUGUUAAUGUUGUGGUAUUUUGCCUUUCUCUCAUGGGUUCAAAUCUUGGUGACUAUUUGUUUGAAGCGAAUCGAGUUCUAGCAAUGAAUGGUACUCUUAAAAUAGCAGAAGUAGAAAGCAGAUUUGACAAAGUAGAUGAAUUCAUUAAAUUAAUGACACAAUAUGGAUUUGUCAAUACAUGGAAAGAUUUAUCUUAUAAUUUAUUCUAUUUUAUGGAUUUCAAAAAAACAAAAGAUGUUUUAAAAAAAGAUGCUAAAAAGCUUCCUUCUUUAACUUUGAAACCUUGUUUAUACAAAAAGAGAUGAAGUAUGAAAGGAAUUUUUUUUCAUGAAUUAUAAAAUGAAAACUAAAAUAAAAAUUUUUAUUGUA